AUUGCAGUGUUGUCAAACCGCAGGCACACCUGCGAAUAUUGCGAGCUAAGAAAAAGCUUUUGAAAGCUCUUGGAGUUUUUGGAUAAUAAUACUCGAAACGUAAAUAGAUUUUCCGGAUCUUUAGAUCCGCAGACGUGGGAGUGCAGAGCUUUCAAAAGCUUUUAAAGGCGCCGAGUCGAGCCUGAUGCAUGGCAAUACACCGCGUCGACGUGAGAUGUAGUAUACAUAUUGUGGUUGUACACACGUCCAUUGCGACGAGUAGAGCGAUGCUUUCGGAGACGGCUUAAUUCGUGUUUUUUUCUCGCUGAUAUUCGGCUGGCUUUUCUCGAGCUAGUGCUCGAGCUAAGAGAAGGAUGAACGAGGAGGCUGAGCACAAAGACAACGGCUUCUUGAGUGCUUCUCAACUUUUAAAAAUCAAAGGGAUCGGAUACAAUGUGUGGAACGACUGGCAGCAAUCAGAACUGGCUCUACCAAAAAUUGGCAAAAAGCACUUUGAGCCUAGUGGAUCAUGGCUGCAGGACAUGCAGCUAGAAAAUGGACUAAAAAAUCGAAAGCGUUUGAUAGAGCUCGAGAGAGUUGAUAGAAUCUCGCAAUUAGCAAUAGCUGAAUGGCUGCCUGGUAUCCAAAAAGCCAGGGUGACAAAGAGGUCAGGACAGAAAUGGGAAAGUUUUGGCCAUGAAGAUAGAUGUAAUAUGUAUCUUCUACCUGAAGAAGCUCUCUUAUUAUUAGAAAUGAAUUGUCUGGAACUUCUUUGGAAUGGUAUGCCCCUUUCCAUUCAACAAGCUUAUGAGGUACUUAUCAAAUCUGAAAAUUCGAGGUGCAACCUAGAUGAAUAUAGAGUAUAUUCACACUUAGUGAAAUUCGGAUAUAAAUUGCAACGGUUUUGUGAAAAAUCAACAUCAGAUUGCAAGACUUCGAGUACCACAAAAAGAAUCAUCAUGAAUCCCGAUGGAUUAUGGACACCCAAUACAUCUCUAACAGUAGAUAAGCAAAAUUCAGACAGUAAUGGUUCUAAUGUCACACCUGAAAAUAGCAAUGAACAAGAGGAUGACAUCAUAGCUGUAGAAAACACAAGGGGAUCAGAAAAUAAUAAAUCUUCAAAGGCACAAAGGAUAGGCAUUGUUUCUGAAGAAACAGUGUUGGGCAGUAUAAAAAUAAUCAAAAAUAACACACCCUCAAAAGCAGAUACAGGAGUAUCUGGAAAUCAAGUAUCGAAAUGGCCAGGGUCAAGGAUUCAGCGAAACGUAAAGCUGAUGCCAAAACGAAACGACAAAACUACUAAUAAUGCGAAUUCCGAACUAUUAAUGGAUCAGUGUUCAUUGAGCACAGUACCUGAAAAACGGAAAAAUUGCGAUACUAUCGAGACUUCGUCUGCGAAAAAACCCAGGCCAGAAGUGAUCGAGUUAUCCGACGAUGAGAUCGAGGAAAUUCCUCGACCAAUGUCGCGGAUGGAGAUAUUGAAUACCAUACCAAAUCUGGCAAACGUUGGCAACGAGCCUUUGGUCACCGAGAUUCACCGGGCCUACAUUCCCCAUGGGGUGAAACCCAUAAAGGAUUUCUAUCGCUACGACCGGCACCGAGUACUCAAUCUCUCCAAGCAGGACAACUUGUUGAAGACAACGAUUCAAAAACAGCAACAGCGACAACUCGUCCCCGUGAACAACGGUCAGGCGACUAGUAGUCACUUCUACUCACAGCCUAGCCAGUGUCAUCAAGCAAUCACGACUUAUAGUCCAAACAACGGUUACUCGUACCGAGGCAUGAGGUGCCAGCGCGACGGCAGCUCCUACAUCCAACAAAACAUAUCUCAUAGCACCAUUCACAGCCCCUAUGCUGGCACUAUGUUCCAGAGCGUAAAUUUUGUAAUGGAGGUGAUGGGUAAUAUGGUGGGUAAUAUGGUGCGUUCCUUUCGUCAGCAUCAAUUUCAGCAGACGACCUACUGCCAGAACAUGCAAAUCUUCUCGCCUCGUUUUACGUACCCGCAGCAGAGGUAUCAACAUUAUUCUAUGAAUUAUUUUCCACAACCGCCAAGAGAACAGCAGUAUUUCCGUAGAGGAGGUGGAGGAGGGUUUCCAGCUAUAACAUCCUCUUCUAGAGGAAGAGGUAAUCCAGUCAGCGAUCCUCAACGAUCCAGUACAGUGACUAUUGAAGAUUUGACGCCCAGUCAGCCUUCUUUCUCGAAACGUCCAGACGUCUCCUCAUGGUCGGAGCUAAAACGCAAGUGGCGCGAGGAAAGCACGAUUACGAUCGAGGACGAAGAGCCACUCGGGAACGAUUCGACUGCAGCUGGAAUGGCUGACAGUAGCGAAGUCCAGGUUGUCGAGGAAUCCGUAAGUCCAUUGCUGUCCUCGAAAGGCGGCAUAUCUAAUAUGUCCGAGGUCUAUGAGAGACUGCGAAUCAUUAAAUCCGCGACCGACCGGACCGUUCGGUCACGUCGGGUCGACUACUCCCUGUCGUAUGAGGUCUUCGCGGUGAGUCAACAUUACAGAAAGAGCAAUCCCGGUACCCCAAUGUGCCGACUUUUUGUUACUAAUUCCAAAACGGACUCCACUUUGGACGCGAGUAAAUUGCAAAGACUACAGCAGGAAUCCAAGGAUGUUCCAGUCGUGGUGGCUUUAGUGUCGGAGUCCAGCAUCUCAUACGUUCAAAAUAGUGUAGUGCUUUUACCGAAUUUAUCGUAGCGUUGUACAUAUUUGUUAAUUAAACUCUUUUCUACAUUCUCUCUGUGUCGAUGAACGCACCUAUAUUUAUACUGAUCUACGCACCAGGACAGAUUUGAAAAAAUAAAAAAAAUUUUUUAAGAAUGAUUACAUUGAUUUAGUUUUAAUAUAAUGAAAAAUAAACGAAAUAUGUGUGUAU